GCGAAGAAAGAGGAAGAGGGGGGGAGGUCGCACAGGGAGGCGUUCCCAAACACAAAAAGAGGCCCUGCUGGUUCAAGUGAGGAUAGAGACCGUCCCGAUCUGAACUCAACGUUACAAAUAGGAGCUGCGCUUUUCCAAGUGGAGCAGAGUGGAGGUGCGCCAUCCUUAAUGUGAAGCCGCGAGGACCCGCAGUGUUACCGAACGCGAGACUGAUUCCAUUACCGGACACAGAAACGAGACCAAACUGAGACUUAUUCACAGGUGGCACUGUUGCUGCAUCCUGAGACCUGAACACAACAGAGCAGAACUCUGAGCACCCAAAGGAGACUUAUCCUUCCCCAACAGAGUGAUGUUUGAGGAGGAGUCGCAGCAGAUGAGGGGGCAGCAGGAAAUGGCCGUGCUCCAUCCUCUUGAAUCCCCUGUGAGUUCAGAUGGAGGCAGUGAUGGAGGUCCGAUGUCCUUCACCGAUGAGGCGGUGUCCAUCCUGACCUCCAGCAGCCUGUUGGCCCGCUCCCUUCUGGGUCGAACCUCGGCCGUCAAACGCAAAGAGAGCCCGUCGUCCAGCCUCCGACGCAAGCGUGAGUUCAUCCCCGUCGACAAGAAGGACGACGGCUACUGGGACAAGAGGCGGAAAAACAACGAGGCGGCGAAGAGGUCGAGGGAGAAACGCCGCGUCAACGACAUGGUUCUGGAGAGCCGAGUUAUGGCUCUGCUGGAGGAAAACGCCCGACUGAGAGCCGAACUUUUGGCGCUGAAGUUUCGCUUCGGCUUAGUCAAAGAACCCUCCAACGCCAACAUCCUACCCCUGAAUACAGCUCCUCACCACACCGUACAAACAUCAAAUCCUCAGUACUUUCUCCACCGAGGAGACGGUUCCUCUUCCUCUCAUCCCAGCAGCCACCUCAGGGCCUCCAGGGAAGCGGGGAACAUGUCGGAGGAUUCUGGUUUCUCCACGCCAGAAGGGUCGAGCGUAGGCAGUCCGAUCUUCUUCGAGGAACACGGGAAGUUAUCCCCUCACGGAGCAGAGGAGCUGGGGUACGACCUCCACCACUCCCCCGCCGAAGUCCACCACAUCGCAGCACCCGUUUUGGGGAGAUUUGAACACGCAGAGACGAUGAAAAACCUUCCUCACAAGCUUCGUUUCAAGACGCCAGGAUGUGGGGAUGCGUACGAUUUGGCGGGGGAUCACAGACGGAGCCCCGUACCUCCAACACAAGCCCUGAAAGGACUUAAUGCCGGGGACACAGCAGGGGGUCAUUGGAUUCAGCAGCUGGAGGACGGCAGGAAGGGGAGUCAAUUCAACACCCUCCAGCCUCCUCACACACAACCUGAGGGCCAGUACAAACACGAGAACACACACCUGAAGACGCAGCUGAACUCUCUGAGCGUGGAGGUGGCGCAGCUGAAGAAACUGUUCACAGACCAGCUUAUGGCCAAAGUCAACUGAGGACUGAGAGGGGAGAGACUUUGAAAAGAGAGACUAAUGUUGGCCUUGGGCUGGGCGAUAUGUAGAAAGUAAAAUGCCACAAUAUAUAUAUAUUUUUUUAACAUUUUCACUAUUUUCUCCGUAUUAUUAUUAUUAUUUUUUUAUAUAUAUAUUUUAUUGAGAAUUAAAAGUACAACAUAUACAAUUACAGUAUAAGAAAGGGACAGAAACAUAAUGCUAUGCCACAAUAUUUCUGAUCAAAUACCUGGAGAUUGGAUCAAAGUUGUAGGGUUGACUAUUGGUGCGUUCACUAAAUAUUUACACAACCUGAUUUUUCAUAAUUAAUCGUCAGGAAUUUGGAUAUAAUAUGGAAAAAGCAAAUGAUGAAACAUCUAAAACAGUGGGUUAGUUUAGAAAACGCAACUGUAAAGCAAUCUUUAAAACCAGGAGAGACAUUUACGGAUGUUACGAUACGAUUGUACGCUAUCAAAAAUGUAGGACGAAAAGUAGUAUUAUACCGAUUUAAAUUUGACAUAUUGCCCAGCCCUAUUCAAACUAUGCUGACUCUUACGAACUUUUAACAUUUUUAAAUACUGUAUUACAUUGUAAAAAAGUCUUUAACACAACUUAUAACCUGCUGUUUAACUUCUUAAUGUCACCGAUAAAUGUCUUAUAUCUGUAGUAGUGUUUAAUAGUUUCUCUAUUCCAUACACUGUGAUGACUCCAAACAUACAUUAUCAUUACAUCACAUCAUGGCGUCACGUUAUGAAGACAUUCACUUCAAUUGGACGUCAUCCAAAACUCAUCUCGAUGGACGGAGAGAGUGUUUUUUCGAUGGUUUUCUGUAAACACAAGCAGAGACAGACGGUAAACACACAGAAAUAAAAAUAUAAGCUGCCAAAACCUCCUCUAAGGAAGGUUUGUUCUGACCAAACAUCCAUUUUCCUCCUCACUUCUCCUGUGUCUCACUUAUUUCUCUGUUUCAAUGCGUCCACACUGCCAUGUCGACUGUGCCGAGGUGAUUUCAUGUCUGCUGUCUUUCUGUACAUUUUCCUAUUAAAAUAAAAUACAUUUGACAGACA